AUGGAAAUCAUGAUAGAUGCAACUGCAGGGCAUGAAGCUUUAUCUUUCAUGGAUGGGUCGUCAGGAUAUAAUCAGAUUAGAAUGGCUCUAGAGGACGAGGAGAAAACAGCAUUCCGAACUCCAAAAGGUAUAUACUGUUAUAAGGUAAUGCCUUUCGGAUUGAAAAAUGCAGGUGCUACAUAUCAGCGCGCUAUGCAAAGGAUCUUUGAUGAUAUGUUGCAUAAACACGUUGAAUGUUAUGUUGACGAUCUCGUAGUCAAGUCCAAGAAGAAAUGCGAUCACUUGAAAGACCUAAAACUGGUACUUGAUCGCCUCAGAAAAUAUCAACUAAGAAUGAACCCUCUCAAGUGUGCAUUUGGUGUAACUUCAGGGAAGUUUUUGGGAUUUAUAGUGAGACAUCGCGGCAUCGAAGUUGAUCACUCAAAAAUUGAUGCUAUCCAGAAGAUGCCAAGUCCGAAGAACCUGCACGAAUUGAGACGAUUGCAAGGUCGCUUGGCUUACAUUAGAAGGUUUAUAUCUAAUCUUGCAGGUCGAUGUCAACCGUUCCAGAGACUAAUGAGGAAGGAUGCAGUCUUUGAUUGGGACCAGUCAUGCCAAAAUGCAUUUGAUAGCAUAAAGAAGUAUCUGCUCAACCCUCCGGUCUUAAGUGCGCCUGCAACUGGAAAACCAUUAAUAUUGUAUAUUGCGGCUCAAGAGACUUCACUCGGGGCAUUACUUGCACAAGAAAAUGAUAAGGGUAAGGAAUGCGCACUCUACUAUCUAAGUAGAACUCUGACAGGAGCUGAAUUAAAUUAUUCUCCAAUUGAAAAAAUGUGUCUCGCCCUCUUCUUUGCAAUAGAUAAACUGAGACAUUAUAUGCAAGCCUUCACUAUACACUUGGUGGCAAAAGCUGAUCCUGUCAAAUAUAUAUUAUCGAGGCCAGUCAUCUCGGGACGCCUCGCGAAGUGGGCUAUUAUACUCCAACAAUACGACAUUGUAUAUAUCCCCCAAAAAGCAGUAAAGGGCCAAGCAUUAGCAGAUUUCCUGGCUGAUCAUCCAGUUCCAUCAAAUUGGAAGUUAUGUGACGACUUACCCGAUGAGGAAGUAUUGUUUGUUGAAAGCAUGGAGCCUUGGCUCAUGUUCUUUGAUGGUGCGGCACGAAGAAGUGGAGCUGGUGUUGGCAUUGUCUUCAUUUCUCCUGAGAAACAUAUGUUGCCAUAUAGCUUCACACUCGGUGAAUUGUGUUCAAAUAAUGUUGCCGAGUACCAAGCCUUCAUUAUCGGUCUCCAAAUGGCUUCAGAAUUUGGGAUAAAGUGCAUAGAAAUAUUCGGCGAUUCGAAGUUAAUCAUAAAUCAGCUCUCUUAUCAGUAUGAGGUAAAACAUCAAGACUUGAAGCCUUACUUUAGUUAUGCUAGAAGAUUGAUGGACAGAUUCGACAGCAUAAUAUUGGAGCAUAUACCGAGAUCAGAAAACAAGAAAGCUGAUGCACUUGCAAAUCUAGCCACUGCUUUAACAGUCUCGGAAGAUAUACCAAUAAACAUUUCCCUUUGCCAAAAAUGGAUUGUGCCUUCAAUUGAAAGUCAAUACGAAGAAGCUGAUGUGAUAUCUGUAUAUGCAAUUGAUGAAGAAGAUUGGCGCCAACCCAUUAUAGACUAUUUGGAGCAUGGAAAACUUCCCACCGAUCCUCGACAUAGAGCUGAAAUACGUAGAAGAGCUGCGCGAUUUAUUUAUUACAAAGACACACUUUACAGACGCUCAUAUGAGGGACUUCUACUGCGAUGCCUAGGAAAAGAGGAAUCGACAAAGGCCUUAGAGGAAGCUCAUUCAGGUAUUUGUGGUGCCCACCAGUCUGGUCCAAAGCUCCAAUAUCAGUUGAAAAGAAUGGGUUACUAUUGGCCUACCAUGAUCCACGAUUCGAUGCAUUUUGCGAAGCAUUGUGAGGCUUGUCAAUUCCAUGCAAAUUUUAUACAUCAGCCACCAGAACCGCUCCAUCCAACAAUAGCUUCAUGGCCUUUUGAAGCUUGGGGACUCGACCUGGUUGGACCUAUCACGCCUAAAUCAACGGCUGGUCAUUCUUACAUCCUUGCAGGAACUGAUUAUUUUUCUAAAUGGGCUGAAGCCGUGCCAUUAAGAGAAGCAAAGAAGGAAAACAUUGUAAAUUUCGUUCAGACACACAUCAUUUACAGAUAUGGUAUUCCUCAUCGCAUCGUAACUGAUAAUGGAAGACAAUUCGCUAACACUUUGAUGGACAAGCUAUGCGAAAAAUUUAACUUCAAACAGUUCAAGUCUUCUAUGUACAAUGCUGCAGCAAAUGGAUUGGCAGAAGCAUUCAACAAAACUUUGUGCAGUCUGCUUAAAAAGGUGGUCUCUAAGACAAAAAGAGAUUGGCAAGAAAAGAUUGGGGAAGCAUUGUGGGCCUACAGAACUACCCAUCGUACUCCUACGGGUGUUACACCCUAUUCCUUAGUUUAUGGCGUUGAAGCAGUACUCCCACUAGAAAGAGAAAUUCCUUCCUUAAGAAUGGCUAUUCAAGAAGGGCUAACUACUGAAGACAAUGCUAGAUUACGCCUUGAAGAGUUGGAAGCACUUGACGAAAAGAGACUGGAAGCUCAACAAGCACUCGAAUGUUAUCAAGCACGAAUGUCAAAAGCCUUUGACAAACAGGUAAGGCCCCGAUCAUUUCAAGUUGGUGACUUAGUGCUCGCAGUAAGAAGACCUAUUAUCACGACAAGGCAUACGGGAAAUAAGUUCACACCUAAAUGGGACGGACCCUACAUUGUCAAAGAAGUUUUCACGAAUGGAGCAUACAAAAUCAUUGAUCAAGACGGAUUACGAAUUGGCCCAAUCAACGGCAGAUUUCUCAAGAAGUUUUAUGCUUAA